AAAUCUAAAACGUAAUAAAUAUAUUAAAUGCAAAAACAAGAAAUAUAAAAGCAAAGAAAUGUAAGCAAAUGCUAAAGUAAUUGUCGCCAGACAAUUUGUAUGAAGUUGUCAUUGGGGAAAAAAUUGAGGAAACAAAAAUUCGGAAUAAAAAAGUAGAAGUAUUGAGCACGUAAAUAAACGAAAUUAUGAAAAGAAAAAUGUUAAUUAUACUCAAAAAAAAAGUGAAAGUAAACAAUUAAUGUUUAAAAGAAAAUAUUAAAGAAACUAACUCAAGUGAUAAAAAAGGAGGAAAUAAAUGCCUGUGAGCGACACUUGAGAAUGUGCAGACAUUGAAGUGCAAGUAAAACAGAGCAAAGCCGUAGCAUUCUGUUAGCAAACCGAGUAAUCAGCCAGCCAGUCAGUCACUUAAUCGGUCUAUUAAUUGAUGUAGUAUUUUUUAGGGCGUGUUUGCGUGUUAUUUAGAGGAAAUAAUGUAAAAUCCUAUAAUUUAACUAAAAAGUUUUGAAAAUACAAGAAGAGUGCCGCAACCAAUUUUUGUUUUUUAACGACUUCAUUUCCAUUCUAUUAUAAACUUUUAUACUUAAUUCGGUGUAUACUACUGCACAAAAAGCGAAUAACUUGGGAAAGGAAAUGUGAGAAAAAUCCGUAACGUCUGCUAAAACAGAAAACAGAAAUCUUUGUGCAACUUGUAAAGUGUUUUAUGUUUUUAUAAGCCGAGUAUUAGGAACGAGGAAAACGGGCAUUUCUCCCUUUUUUCCUUUUAUAAAAUACAAAAUAUUAAUAGAAAGCCACUAACAACCACCUACCACCACGUUAUCUAAUACUGGUGUUGUUCUUUUUCGAAAUUUACUUGGUAUUACUUUUGAAAACGUCUCUCUAUUAUUUAACUUUGUGGUAACCGUGCAGGCGUCUGGGUUAUAAGUGCGUGCGUGUGUGUGUGCCUGUGCGUACAUACGUGCGUGUGACUGAGCGUUCCAUUUUUUUGGCUUUGACUCUUUAAAGAAAAUGGGCGCCCAACAAGGCAAAGAACGUGGUUCUCAUUCGAGCGGAGGCCAUGGUGGCACAGCCAGUUGUAUUGGUGUGUCAAGUAGUAGCCCGGUUGGUAGUCAUGGCAUUGGUGCAAGUGGCGUCAAUACGUUAGGUGCCGGCUCCACAUUGCGUGGUUCCCGGAUUAAAUCGUCCGGUCCUCCGGCUACUGUUACGGGCGGAUUGCAUCGCUCCGGCGUCAGUUCAGUAGCGGGAUGUGCAACCACUGGUCAUUCGGCCAAAGAUAAUCGCUGUAAUCCCAUUGGAAUGAAUAUAUUCACAGAACAUAAUGGAACAAUACACAGAUAUCAGCAACGUGACACAGGAAAAUAUCAAAUUAAUUUAGAAGCGCUUUUGCAGUCGCGACCUCUGCCUCACAUACCGGCUGGUACUGCUUUACUAGCAGAAUCCGCUGAUCUGCUUGGUCAAGGUCAAGAUAUGAUCUCUUUGCACACCACUACACAAGCGCACAGUCAAAGUCAUAGUUCAACGACAUCCGGUUUUGAAUCAACCCAUCGUUGGACUUCCAAAGAGAAUCUACUAGCACCCGGUCCCGAAGAGGAUGAUCCACAAUUAUUUGUAGCUUUAUAUGAUUUUCAGGCCGGAGGUGAAAAUCAAUUGAGUUUGAAAAAAGGUGAACAAGUUCGUAUAUUAUCCUAUAAUAAAUCGGGCGAGUGGUGUGAAGCUCAUUCCGAUUCCGGCAAUGUCGGUUGGGUACCAUCAAAUUAUGUAACUCCACUGAAUUCCCUUGAAAAACAUUCCUGGUAUCACGGGCCAAUAUCAAGAAAUGCAGCCGAAUAUCUUCUAAGUUCAGGGAUUAAUGGCAGUUUCUUAGUACGUGAAAGUGAAAGUUCUCCUGGACAACGAAGUAUUAGUUUACGUUAUGAAGGCCGCGUUUAUCAUUAUCGCAUUUCUGAAGAUCCGGAUGGCAAAGUUUUUGUGACAGCUGAAGCUAAGUUCAAUACAUUAGCUGAACUAGUACAUCAUCACAGCGUACCCCACGAAGGUCAUGGUUUAAUUACACCGCUUCUCUAUCCAGCACCAAAACAAAAUAAACCAACAGUAUUCCCAUUAAGUCCAGAACCGGACGAGUGGGAGAUAUGUCGUACGGACAUUGUAAUGAAGCAUAAAUUGGGCGGAGGUCAAUAUGGCGAAGUAUACGAAGCGAUAUGGAAACGUUAUGGCAAUACGGUGGCAGUUAAAACUCUCAAAGAGGAUACCAUGGCCCUUAAGGACUUUCUGGAAGAGGCAGCCAUUAUGAAAGAAAUGAAGCAUCCAAAUUUAGUGCAACUAAUUGGUGUUUGCACUCGUGAACCGCCGUUUUACAUAAUCACCGAAUUCAUGUCGCAUGGCAAUUUACUGGAUUUUUUACGCUCAGCAGGUCGUGAGACUUUAGAUGCUGUCGCCUUAUUGUACAUGGCCACACAAAUAGCUUCGGGAAUGAGCUAUUUAGAAUCGCGUAAUUAUAUACAUCGCGAUUUGGCAGCGCGUAAUUGUUUAGUGGGGGACAACAAGCUUGUAAAAGUAGCAGACUUCGGCUUAGCUCGGCUGAUGCGUGAUGACACCUACACGGCUCAUGCAGGUGCCAAAUUCCCCAUUAAAUGGACCGCCCCCGAGGGAUUAGCUUACAAUAAGUUUAGCACCAAAUCAGAUGUAUGGGCUUUCGGGGUGCUCCUUUGGGAAAUUGCCACAUACGGCAUGUCACCCUAUCCGGGUAUAGAUCUUACGGAUGUUUUUCAUAAGCUGGAGAAAGGUUAUCGGAUGGAAAGGCCGCCCGGUUGCCCGCCCGAAGUAUAUGAUUUGAUGCGUCAGUGUUGGCAGUGGAAUGCGUCCGAGAGGCCAACAUUUAAAAGCAUACAUCAUGCUUUGGAACAUAUGUUUCAGGAAUCAUCGAUUACUGAAGCGGUCGAGAAGCAAUUAAAAGCCACGACAGCGACAAGCACUGCCGGACAAAGUUUGACACCGCAAAUGGCGAAAAAGGGGAUAGGAGGUGGCAGUAGUGGCUGUAGCGGUGGCGGUGGUGGCGGCGGUAGUGGUGGAGCUCUCACGCCAGGUGGUCAUCACGAUCAGCAAGCGAGCACACCCAUGUCUGAAACUGGUUCCACUUCAACUAAACUGAGUACAUUUUCCAGUCAGGGUAAGGGUAACGUGCAAAUGCGUCGAACCACCAAUAAACAGGGCAAACAGGCACCAGCACCACCCAAAAGAACCAGAAAACAAUUUCUCAUUUGCAGCCUCCUCUCCACUAGCCGUGAUAGUACGUAUCGUGACGAUGAUAAUACUGCUGCUAGUUCCUCUAAUAAUUCUUCAUUGCGUCACUUGAAUGACGAUAAUGCGUUGCAUUCAACAAACGGUCUGACACGUGAUAUUAAUAAUUUGGCACAUCGCUAUGAUUCGGAAAAUGAUAACACAACUGGGGACCAUACCGACACGGAUCAUACUGGGGACAGUCUGGAACAAAAUAUUUCUUCCAACCACGUGAAAAUGCAACAUUCAAUGCAUGGCAACAACAUCGGACCUCGAGGCAACCAAUCUCACUCAUCUUUUAAGCGGCCAACACCGGUAAUGGGCAAUCGUGGCCUAGAGACUAGGCAAAGUAAAAGGUCUCAACACUCGGCUGUUAGACAAGAAACAAAUAAUUUAAAUCCUGGACCUGGAAGUGGACCCAAUGUUAGUGGCGGAGCUAUCACACAUCCCAUACAAGUUGGAGCGUUGGAAGUGAUGAACGUAAAGCGUGUCGUAAACCGUUAUGGUACUUUACCCAAAGUUCAGCGUAUCGGUCAAUUUUUAGACAGUUUAGAAGAUAAUUCUGAAACACCGUCGCCACCAGCCUCAACUCAAUUGACCAAUACCAACAAUACAGGGACCAAUGGUCACAUAGGACGUCAAGCUAUAAACAAUUUAGCUACAAAAUCAGCAAAUGCUAUACCUCCACCGGCUCCAUUACCACAGCAGAUGAUACGCAGCAAUUCUUCGGGCGGAGUUACCAUGCAAAAUAGUGCCAGUGCCAGUUUGAAUAAAUUGCAACGCCACCGUACAGCCACAGACGGUAGUAUGAUGACAUUUAGUUCUUUCCGUGGCAGUAACAACAAUCAAUCUCCGAAACGUAAUCAGCAGCCAGCUUUAGCUAAUUUGGAAUUUCCACCACCACCGCUAGAUUUACCCCCUCCGCCCGAAGAAUUCGAAAAUAUGCCACCGCCACCGCCACCAGCACCGGAAUGCGAUUUGCCAGCUCCUCCACUGAUCAGCUACACUAUGUCCAAUACAGCUAAAAAAACCAGUUGUAACGACGUAUCGAAUACUGCUCCCAGUGUAGAAGAAGCCAGUUCACGGUUUGGAGUGUCGUUACGUAAACGUGAACCCUCCACUGACUCUUGUAGCUCUUUGGGGACGCCACAAGACACUAAUAAUAGUAAUUACAAUUCUCAUCAUCAAGAAUUAACCAUGAAAGAAAAAUUAAUGGCUGAAAUUAAAGAUCGUCAAGCUAAAGAAAUAGCCAAUGGCGUCAGCCUAAGCGGUGGAAAUAUACAAAAUGGCAAUUCUACUGCCGAUCCCGUCUCAGUACUUGUCAGUGAAUUGGCGGAAAGCAUGAACUUGCCUAAACAAAAGACAAUGAAUGUAGUUGCUAAUCAGAAGUCUUCACAAGAAACUGGCUGCACAGCGAGUGCAGCUACUGCUAAUAACUUUAAAGCUCAGUUGAAAAAAGUGGAACCGAAAAAAUUGCCUACUCCUACAAUUAAAACUGAAAACCAAACCAAUAUAAUUGAUUUUAAAGCACACCUGCGUAAAGUUGAAACAAAGGCUGAUUCUAUGAAAACGUCUGGAGGCGACAGCAAAGACAUCAAGAAGGAAUCAAUCAACACUUUGCAACGUCGCGAGGAGAAAAAAUUUGCUUGUACCCCGACAACGACAGCAACAUCAGCAACAACAGCAACAGCAGCAGCAAUAUCUACUACCAUACAAAAGACUGAUAUUAAAACCAUUGAUACCAAUAAUGCCAAUUGUUCAAAUCCGGAAAUACAGCAACAAAAUCAAAACAAUGAAUCAACGAGUGGAGAACGCGAUGGAAAACGCCGAAGCACAGGUAGUAUUAGUAGCUUAAAGAAAUUAUGGGAACAGACAGGCACUGCAAAUAGCACACAAACGCCUGAUUAUGCCUGCACUCAAAACAUGCCGGCACAAGGCGGAAGCAAUACUGUCAAUGCACAGUUAUCCCCUAAAUAUGGUUUAAAAUCCAACAACACAGCAGUAGUCGUCACCCCUACCACUACCAAUAUACAACAUCAUCACCAGCAAACAUCGCAACCAAUUCAGCAGCAACGUUUUCCUAACACUACCAGCAUUACAUUAUCUUCAAAUAUCGGGAACAGCAUGCCACCAAUAUCACCAAGGAACCUUAGCAAUACACAUACAACCAAUAUUAAUAGUAUGAACUCAAAUUCCAAUACAAAUAAACCCCCACCAGCUGCACCGCCACCACCACCACCACCAACAUCCAUUCACACAAAAAAUCAUACCUCAAAUAGUAGUAUCACCAAUAAAUCUAACACGAACACCAUCACCAUUAGCUCAACCCCUACAACCAACACAUCACAUUUAAUGAACUCUAUUUCCACGCAACUCUUCACAGAACUAACCACCGCCAUUACCAACAAUACCAAUAAUAUUAAGCCGAGUUCUAACACUGUAACAGAUACUGGUGAGCCGGACCCGAUGAUGACACAAUCAUUAUUUGUGGAGAAUUCGAAUAGUAGCAACAGCGGCAACAAACUAAGUAAUUCAACCAUUAAUCAAUGCGCGAUCAACAGUAAACCAGCUGUACCACUGAAACCCACCAAACUUACCAUUUAUGCUACACCGGUUGGUCAAAAGAUAGAAAGAUCGAGUGGCGGAAAUACAGUUAUAAACGAAAUGAAUUCGACUACUUCGGCAACUACUGCCUUAACUACUACUCCACUGAACUCUAUGCAAAUCUCACGUGAAAGCAUUUUGGAAUUAGUCAGCCUACUGGAGGGCCAUCUUAAACAUCCCGUUAAUAGUAUUACGGCGUCCCAAUGGUUACAAUUAAGUGAUAAAUUGAAUAUUUUGCAAAAUUCCUGUGUAAUAUUUGCCGAUAACGAGUGCAUGCCGCCACAUUCCAAAUUUCAUUUUCGCGAAUUGGUAACACGCGUCGAAACUCAAUCACAAAGUUUACGGUCUGCCGGCAGCAAAAACGUUCAGGACAAUGAACGUUUAGUCACAGAAGUCGGUCAAUCGCUGAAACAGAUAACCAAUGCAUUACACAGGUAAAUAUUAAGAAACGGGGCGGGCGGGGAAUUGUGGCUGGACUCGGAGGGCAAUUUCAUUAAACGCAAUAAAUAAAUUCAUACAGAUCUAUAUACAUAUAUAUGUGUAGAUAUACAUAUAUCUAUGGAUACAUACGUUUAUGUACGUUAUGCAGAUAUGUAUAUAAGCAUACAUGCAUCCAAAUGAUGUGACUGCGUGUGAACCUCUGAGCCUACACUGCACGCACGCACACAUGCAUGCAUACAUAUAUAUAUAUAUGCAUACAUACAUAGAUACACACACA